AUGGAUGAACAAAUAAUAAAUGUGAUAUUUGAUCCAAAUUUCACUUCUUUUGAUUCAGAUUUAGCAAAUAUGAAUCUAGAUAAGAUGAUGUAAGUCACAUUUUCAGAAGAGAUUCUUUAAAAGAAUUUUUCUGUCAUUAUUUCUAUUCUUAAACAGUUACAUAAGGGUAUGGUACUUAUAAAUGGAUAAGUUAAAGAUAAUAGUGAUUGGGUUUAGGUAAUAAUAAUUAAUAAAUAAUAGAAAUUAAGAGAAGAAUCAUAAUAGACUGAUACAAAGGAUAAAGUUGAUGUGAUUGAUUCUUAAGUUAAGGAAAUUCAUUAGAAUUUUGCUACCAAAGCAGAACUUUAAGCUUUAAAAUAAAGAUAUGGUAUCAAAUCUAUACCCAUUAUUAUACUUUAGACAAUAUAUUGAGAGAUUAAGAUGUCUAAAUUAAAGAGAUUGCUAAGGCUUAAGAAUAGGAGCAAUAAUAAAUAAAUAAAAAUGCUGAAGAUAUUAUUUAGAAAUAGCAAUACAUUGAUUAAAUUAAUCAAGAAUUGGAUAAGCUUCGUAAACUUAUUAAUGAUCAAAAUAAAAUUAUAUCUGAUUUAUAAACUUAAAAACCAGAUACAAAUAUUAAUUAGAUCUAAUCAAAACCAUUAAAUGAUGAUUCCCUCAAAGAUAUACAAAAUCGUCUUGCUUAACUUGGUAAAUUCAUAUUUCUUAUUAAUUAGAAUCUUAAUACAAAGAAUUACUAAAAUAAUUGAAUAAUUAACCAAAAAAUCUAAUUUAACCACUCUAAGUUAAAGAUUAAGAUUAUAUUGAAUAACCAAAUUCGGAAGUUGAUUUAUCUGAUAUUAAUAAGAAGUUAGAUAAUCAUGAAGAAGAAAUAUAAAAAUUAUUUGAAUUACUUGAUGAAUUAAAAAAGAAAAAUAGAGAUGUUGUUACAGUAGGUGGAUAAUCUAAUAUUGAUAGUGAAGAUUUAUUAAUCAUUAAAAAUGAUAUCAAAAAAUUGUUCACUUUAUUAGAAUAAUUACAAACAUAAUUGAAUUUAGCAUCAUUUGGUAAUUCAGCUGCAGGUGAAGAAGGUAGUAAUAUAGCUGAAAAUUAAAUGGUUAUUAUUCUAGCUGAAAUUAAUAAAAUUAGAGCAUUAUUAGAAAAUUAUGCUACUUAAUAAGAUUUAACAAAUCUAGGUUAAAAAGUUGCACUCUAAUAAAAAUAAACUUAUGAUCAUAUUGAUGAAGAAAUUGAAAAAGUUAGAAGAGAAUUUAAAAUAAAUCUAGGUAAAAAAGGAGAAUUAUCAGAAUAAGAAAAAUUAAAAAAUGAAAUAGCAUAAAUAAAAGAUCUUUUAAAUAAAAAUAAACGAGGAUCUUAACCAUAAUUAGAUAGUAGUCCAUCUAAAGGACCUUAAUUAAGUCCAGAUUUCUUAAAUACUUUUAAAGAAUUAUAAGAUUAAGUUGCUUAAAAUGAAUAGUAAUUAUUUUAAUAUAUAAAAUUAGAGAAUUAAUUAAUCAUAAAUCUUAAUUUUCAUAAAAUGCUUAGUAAGUUUAAUAAAAGAUAGCAGAAUUAGAAAAUAAAAUGAAAUAAACUAAAACUGAUUCAAUCAUUUCAGGUUUAUAGGAAUUGAGAGAAAUUUAAGACUAAAUGAAAAAAGAUUAAGAUACAAAUAAGGCUAAGAUAGCAUAAUUUGGAAAGAAGAUAGAUGGAGUUGUUACAAGAGAAGAUUUAUUAGCUUUAUUUGAACCUAAAUUGAAAUAAACUCGUGAUGAGUUAUCUAAAUCUAUUGAAGAAUUAAGAAUAAAAUUAGAAAAAAAGGCUGAAUUGGAAGAUUUAGAAAAACUUUAAAAUGAUCUUGUUUCUAGAUUAGAAGAAGUUGUUUAAGCACUUAUUAAAUAAUUAGCUAAUAAAUCUGAAACUAAGAAAGCUUUAAUAUAUUUAGAAUAAAGAGUAUAAUUAUUUUAAUAAUAAUAUAGAUUAAUUAAAUAUUUAUGAUGCUUGAAGGAGAAGGAGGAUCAAAAGAUUAAGAAGGAUUAUUUGCAAAAAAAUAACUUUGGUCAUGUGCUUCAUGUGAUAAAGAAUUAGAUAAAUUUAAAGGCUAAUUAGGAGAUUAUAGAGGAUGGGCACAUUUCCCACCUAAAGAAACAUCUCCAGAAAGAAUGGGAAGAGUAUUUAUAUAUUAUUAUUUUAGUUUGGAGUUGGAUAUAAAUAAAUGCAAGAAAAAUCAAAAAACAAUAGAGAUAAAAUAGAUAAAGAAAGAUAUUAAAAUGAUAAAGACAGACCUAAUAGCCAAGCUAAUUAAUAAUUCUAUUAAACAGGAUCUUAGAUGAGUCAAAGUUAAAACAAUCUUCCAAAGAUUAAUAAAUGAC